UUGAGAUUCUUAUGUAAUCGAAACUGUAUGCGAUGUUUCUGAUUUUAAUGAAAUUAUGAAUAUUUAAUCAUUGAACAGUAAAAGCCGACAGUUGUCAUCGUCCAUAUCGGACGUAACCAUUGCUUUGUCCGAAUAUAUACUACCCGAAAAAGAAGAAGAUGAAGUUUGCCAUUGCUGCUGGGCUACAUGUAUGCUUAUUUCUUGUGUGUUUUGCCAAGCAUCAGCAUACAAACAUAGUCAUUGUUGGUGGAAUUGGAGAUUUGGCAAAGAAAUAUCUAUGGCACAGUGCUCUACAAUUGUAUGCUAAAUCUUACAAUGAAAACAAUACUAUAUCGUUUUAUGCAGGAGCAAGAGUAAUUGAGGAUGAAGGCAAUGUUGUUUUGAAUAAGAUUUUGGACAGAAUUCUAUGUGAUACAGAUGAUAAACAUUGCCAUAAACUGAGACCUAAAUUCAUACGAAAUUCACAUUAUGUUAUGUUGAAGAAAGGAUACCAUUAUGAGACUCUCUGUAAGAAAUUAAGCUCAGAAUAUGAAAACGGUCUUACGUCCGUCAGACAAAUUUUCUACUUCUCUAUCCCAUCAUCUGCUUAUCAAAGUGUUGCUGAAUUUGUAAAUGAACAUUGUCGCCAUGAAAAUGUAACAUCUACUGAGAUUGUACUGGAAAAACCAUUUGGCCUGGACAAAAGCUCUGCUAAACUGCAAGUGGACACAAUCAACUCGUAUUUCUCUGGCAGUGAGGUCAAGAGAGUUGACCACUACCUAGCCAAGUCAGUCACCAAACAGAUACUGAAGUUUAGAUUUUCAAACAGAGACAGAUUGGAGAGACUCUUGAACAAUAAGUUUGUAGACAGGGUGGAAAUUGUCAUGAAAGAAAGAAUUGGUGUGAAAGGUAGAAUUGACUUCUAUGACCAAACAGGAGUGGUCAGAGAUGUGAUGCAAAACCACCUGUCGGAGUUACUGGCCCUUGUUGCUAUGGAGAUGCCUAACAAUGUGUCCAGUAGCAGCCAUAUAGAGAAAAACAAGCUUCAAUUCCUUAAACAGAUCAGGCCAGUUAGUAGCAAUGCUAUUUUGACUGGACAGUAUUCAAAGUACCUGGAAGAGGCUGGUGAAGAAAUUGAAAAUACGAGCCUGUCUUACCUGACUCCUACUUUUGCUGCCAGUCUGUUGCAAGUCGAGAACCCAAGAUGGCAGGGUGUUCCGUUUGUGCUGAUGUCGGGGAAACACAUGGAUGAAAGGUCUAGCUAUGUUCGAAUUCUCUUCAGGGAACAUGAGUUCUGCGUCACUGGCUGUGAAGGUAGCAACUCUACAUUUAAUAAGUAUCCAAGGCAGCUAGUGUUCCAAAUAGGUCAUGGCUCUGUCCCGUCAGCUGGUAUUCUAGUGUCCAGGUCAUUGUUGAGUCCAGUGUGGCCUGAAGGGGUCCGAGAAUUGCCCAUCACAUCAAAGGACAGCAACAUCCAUGGUCAGAGUCCAGGAGACUUCUACUACGCGGUUCCAGUUCAUGAUGCACCAGCCUAUGUAACAGUACUUCACGAUUUGUAUCAUGGUGUAAAAGAGACAUUUGUGACAUCUGAGAGAGUUAUGGCUUUGUGGGACAUCUGGGACAACGUCAUUUCACGGAGCUCACCAACGCUGCCUAGUGUGUACAAAGAAUAUGAGCCGGGAAAUCUAAAUUUUACUGUUGAAAAUGGACAUUUAGAGUUCAUUGAAAAAGUUAAGAUUAUAAAUUUUGACCAUAGAGAAAUAGCUAGUCAUGCCACUAUUCCUAAUUCAUUUAGAAAUUCAACACUGCACUGUUUAUCUUCACCAAAGUUAGUUUCGUCUCUUGCUCAAAACAUGCUCACAUCAGCAGAGGCAGCAGUUAAAGAAAGGGGAGUGUUUCAUAUUGCAUUUUCAGGUGGAAGAACACCAAUAAUCUUAUUCAAAGAGCUUGUUCUGAAUUUUCCUUACUUUCCAUGGGAGUACAGUCAUAUUUGGCAAGUGGAUGAAAGGUGCGUGCCACAUAUCAACCCCGCCUCUAACUUUCACACAUUGCAUGAACACCUGAUAAAAUACACCAGGAUCCCUUACUACAACAUCCACCCAAUGCAAGUGGACUUUGCUGGGAAAUUGUGCAGCCCCGCAAGCAAAGGGGAUCAGUUGUACGAAGAAAGUAUCAACUAUUUAAUUCCGGACCAAGUCAUUGACUUUGUAUUGCUAGGUGUUGGAAAUGAUGGGCACACUGCUUCUCUCUUUCCGCACAGUGCUAGUCUGAAAAAUACCAAAGACCUUGUUGCUUAUACAAAAUCCAAAUCAAAUGAGCAAAUGGAUAGAAUGAGCUUGCUAUUGUCUGUGAUAAAUAAUGCAAGAAAUAUAGCUAUAGUGGUUAUUGGGAAAGAUAAACAUGACAUUGUUCAUAAACUGUCAACAUCUCUUUUGAACAAUAGUCUAUAUCCAAUAACUUAUGUAAGUGCCAAUAAAGGUAACACGUCAUGGUUUAUAGACAUGGACGCCUGGUUAGGUUACACACUCUGAGAGAAUUGGAACAUAUCAGACAGUAGUAUUAUAACAAUAACAACAGGAUGUCUUAUGUGUGUAUGAUAAACAUAUUGUUUUGUUUUUGUUUUUUAUUGAUAUUAUAAAACCUUGAUACUAACAUUUUAUUUGAAUAUGUAUGUGGAAAAUGACCAUUUCUCCAAAAUGGAUGUCGAAAUAAAUAUUAGAAUUUGAUCACGUACAUAAAUUGGGGCUUUUUAGGACACAUUUUGACAUAACAGCUUGACAAUGUUUGUGAAAAAUGAUUUUAAUUCAUAAAGGUACUUUGUCUGAUACAUUGAGUUGAUUAUGCUACAUUGUACUUUAGUGUAGUUGUCUGUUAUUCAAAGCAGUUUGGACGAUAUUGAAAUUAUUCUAUUAUAGUUUUCCACUUGUCCUGGCAACAUUUGUAGCAUUUUAGUUAUUGCUCAAGCAUUUACAUCUCUGUAUUUGAUUUACAUUCAUCUUACUAUAUUAUAUAUAUUACUAUAUCUUAGUAUAUUGUUAUUUUGAUAUAACAUUGUUUAACAUUCAUUUAUAUGCAGUACAUUUCUCUACCAUGGAACUGUUUAGGUAUUAUAUUUAAUAAGUUUAGAAGUAAGGACCUAUUAAAAUUAACAUUUUUUAAAUAAAGUCGAUAUAAAAUUAUUUGAUGUUCGUAUUGG